AUGGCAAAACGAUGUAAUAUAAUUCUUAGGUCAAAUAAAGCAAAAAUUUUGUCUAAGGAUAAAAUGUAAGAAUUCCACUAUCCACAGGCUAUCUUAAGAGCUUACUUAUUUAUGUUUUACUACAAAACACCCUUACACUACUUUGGCCAACUAUCAGAAAGUCAAAUUGCAAAGUAUGAGAUAUUUCUACAGAGAAAGUUGAUGAGAUAGCCAAUGGAUGUGAAGUUUAUUGCCAUCUAGAUCUGUGACACCACAAGAAAUUAAUCAUUGAGAAGAGAAUUAUUGACUGCAUACUUGCUGUUUCUUAGAGGAGGACCAUUAUUAACUUUGGUACAAAAAUGCUGUCACAUGAAUAAGAUUUUAGUUGACUGA